CGUGUGUAAGCUAUUCGGUCGGAGUCGUUCUUAGAGGGAAGUUGUGUCGCGCAACGAUGUUUCUAUACGCGUUUAUACUGUGUGUUUUGGUGAAGCAGGCCAUGUUCGAGCCUCUGUUGCGAUCGUGUGAGCCAAUUCGCGUGGAGUUGUGCAAAGAUCUGGGCUACAACAUGACGGGGAUGCCCAAUUUGGGCGGUAACGACCUCCAGCAAGAAGCUGACUACAACAUCAAGUCGUUUUCUCCGCUGAUACAAUACGGCUGCAGUCCGCAAUUGAAGCUGUUCCUGUGCUCGGUGUACGUCCCGAUGUGCACGGAAAAAGUCGCGAACCCUAUAGGACCGUGCAGAAACCUCUGCGAGAGCGUUUGGUCGCGUUGUUUCCCGGUUUUGAGUGAGUUUGGUUUCCCCUGGCCGGACGCCCUCAACUGCUCGCGGUUCCCGGCGGAGAACAAUCAAAAUCACAUGUGCAUGGAAGGGCCGAAAGACAAAAUCGUCGACAUCUCGGCACCUGUUAAUCCAGCCUACUUGGACUGCGGUCCGGACCAAGUCCCCGGCGAUCUUACCACAGGGUGCAUUCCCAGAUGCGCCUCCGAUUUGUUCGACGAGUCGGAAAAAAGAUUUGCCGAGGUUUGGGUAACCGUCUGGGCGCUCAUUUGUUUCACCUCGAGUUUCGGGGCGGCCCUGACGAUGACAAUCGGGGGCGGCCGGGUGAAAGCCAAGCCGUUGGUCAGCUUGGCGCUCUGCUACUGCCUUGUGAGCCUCGGCUGGGCGCUGAGGAUGUUCUCUGGGCGCAUGUCGAACGGCUGCAAAGGAAACUCGCCCAUGGGCGACGUAUCGCACGACGGGCUGUCAAACGUCAAUUGCGCCUUUGUUUUCCUGUUGAUCUAUUACUUUGGGAUGGCUGCCAAUGCUUGGUGGGUUUGUCUAUGCGCCUGGUGGUUGGCCCGUGUCGGCCUAAACUGGUCUCCUGAAAAAAUGCGCAGUCUUGGAUCCGUACUGCAUGUCUGCGCGUGGGGUUUUCCGGCUGCUCUUACCGUUUCGUCAUUGGUGCGCAGAGACGUCGAUUCUGAUGAUUUGACAGGAACAUGCUACAUUGGCAACAGAAACAACACAACUCUUUUGACGUUGGUCUUGAUACCAUACAUCCUAUACUUCACCUACGGUGUAUGUCUAUUAAUCCUUGGUACGAUCUACGUCAUAAGAAAACCCCGGGUACUGGCCGCCGCACCUUUAACUUCAUCGGCGCCCCGCAAAGAAGGCGACUUUUUGGGCGCCAUAUGCGCCCUCUACGCGAUCCCAACUUUUUGCGUCAUGAUCUGCAUUUACUACGAAUACAACAAUCGCGACAAGUGGAUCACGAAGGAAAGAAAACCGGCUCUGUGGGCCUUCCUAUUGAAAUACUUGAUGUCUCUGUUCGUUGGAGUCAGCUCCAUAUUCUGGAUCUGGUCUUCGAAAGCCAUCACAGCUUGGAAAGCGGUUUUAAGGCGGCUGGGGCCAAGGAAACAGCUGCCUUUGAAGGUGCAAACGAUGCCUGUGUUGAGAUAUGUGCCAACGCAUCAGUUAUCCAGUAAUAUGAGUACUAGUAGCAGGCAUUCUACUAGGUCUAACCCUCACAGAAAGCCUAGGAUACAUCACUUAAGAAAUGGCGGAGAAACUGUCAUUUAACAUUAUUUUGCUUAAAUCGCUUUAAUAUAAAGCAGUUUGAAGCAAAAACUGUUAAAAAUUACCUAAGUAUUUUUUGGGUUUUAAACGUUAAUGAAAUUAACAAUAAACCAUUAUUUAGGUAACUUUUAGAAUGUAAAUAUUCUGUGAUUAUAUAUUUUGUAUAAAAAUUUAUUUAUUCUUUAAAUUAAAGAAG